AAUCCAACACGAAAACAAGCACCGUGUGCCGCUGGCUUAACACUUCCUGCACCUUACGAAACUGUUGACAACUGUCAAGGAGACGUACAUCCGUGAGGAGUAACGUGAGAAAAUACAUCUAUAUACAAGAGAAAAGAGGAAGAACGCGCAAUUAGUUGCGGCGCGGUUCAACGUAAGUGCGUGUGAAUGUAAACUCUAUCGUGACGAAGCGAACAUUCGUCCGCUGAAAUUAUUCACGUACUUUCCUUCUGUGACCCGUGCGAUUGUGAGUGUGCCGCUUGACUAUAUGUAUGCAGGAAGAUCGUGCUAUGUAGUUAUUGCGAUGCGAUUGCGGAUGAAUAAAUAAGAAAUCACCGAAACGCUUUCUACUGCGCUUUGUAUUCGCUGUAAAUCGAGCUGCAAAUCAGUCAACAGAAAUUAUCUCUCCUCAAAGUUAUUAUACGUACUUAUUCGUUAUUUUUCUUAUUUUUGUACGUCUUGAAGUUGGGGGAAAGUGGUGUUUAUACUGAAAGGAUUUUGCAAAAUCUUAAUAAGAUUCUGACAAAACAUAGUCACGACAACAUGGCCCUUGUAAAUCAACAUGUUGCAACUAAUCCUUGUCUAGAUACCAAUAUGUCACUUGGAAUAGACGAAGCAUGUUUCAGCAUUGUGAACAAAUAUAAUAUAUCUGUUAUGUUGUAUUCCUACCUGUCAGAAUGCUAUUUGUGCAAUGGAGUGCCAAGAGCAACUUUGCUAGCAAGCAAGAAUACUACAUUGGUUAUACCUACAAAAUAUCCUCUGCAUGUGUUUUAUAAAACUAACUAUGAAUUUUGUCACACUACAUACAAUUUUAAAGAACAUGGAAGUUAUGGGUGGAAUAUCUCCCAAGAAGAUCUAUGCUCGGAUAUUUACACAAUUCGUGAACCGAUAAACAGUUACCUUCCGAUAUUUGUAGCCUUUAUGGUAUUUACUCUUUUAUGGGUCUUAUUCGCAACGUGCAAGGUGAUUGUACGUGUGGUGAAAGGAAAAUUAUCACCAGAUAGCGUACAUGAUGACUUGGACAGACUCCAAGAAGCAGAGUCGUCGAACCCGGUGAUUAGGACAAGCAGAGUCAAUACCAGAAUCCGUUCAGUUGACACGUUUCGAGGGAUUUCCAUAUUACUGAUGAUAUUCGUGAACAACGGUGGCGGUAAAUAUGUAUUCUUCAAUCACAGCGUUUGGAAUGGGCUAACCGUGGCGGACUUGGUACUACCUUGGUUUGCAUGGAUCAUGGGAUUGUCAAUUACCAUAUCGAAACGGUCGGAACUUCGCGUGUCGAAUUCACGCGGCAAGAUUAUCUUACGUUGCUUGCAGCGCGCGUUUAUCCUUAUACUCCUGGGUCUGAUGUUGAAUUCGAUUCACACGAAGUCAUUAAAGGACCUCCGCUUUCCGGGCAUUCUUCAAUUGCUGGCUGUUUCGUACUUUGUGUGCGCCACUAUCGAGACCAUAUUCAUGAGGGCACACUCUCAGGACGACUUGUUGCAGUUUGGUCGAUUCACAGUAUUGCGAGACAUUCUGGACAGUUGGGCACAAUGGAGCAUUAUCGUAGCAAUCGCGACAACGCACACUCUCAUCACUUUUCUCUUGCCCGUUCUGGACUGUCCGAAGGGAUACUUGGGACCAGGCGGUUAUCACUUAUUUGGAAAGAACGCGAAUUGUACUGGAGGUGCAGCCGGUUACAUAGACAGGCUUGUUUUCGGUAGUCACAUGUAUAAUAAGACGCACAAUCCCGUCUAUGGUACUAUUUUACCUUACGACCCUGAAGGAAUAAUGAAUACUAUAUCUGUAAUACUUGUCGUGUAUAUGGGAGUACACGCUGGUAAGAUCUUGCUACUUUACUACCAGUGCAAUGCAAGGAUAGUUCGUUGGCUACUGUGGUCGGGCGUCACGGGUCUCAUCGCGGGAAUACUGUGUCAUUUCGACAAGGAGUCUGGAGUGAUACCGGUCAACAAGAGGAUGAUGUCGCUUUCGUUUGUUUUGACUGUAUCAUGUUUUGCAUUUUUAUUAUAUGCGAUCUUGCAUUUCUUCGUCGAUUACAAACAAUACUGGAGCGGAGCUCCGUUCAUUUAUGCAGGUCUGAAUCCAAUCACCCUUUAUAUUGGUCAUACCAUUACCAUGGGCUUAUUCCCAUGGGCUUGGAAAUUGACUUAUGCUACACAUUGGUCAUUACUUGCUAUGAACCUAUGGACUACAACUUUAUGGUGUAUCAUUGCAUAUUGGCUUUACUUGAAGGACGUUAUUAUAUCUAUUUAAAAUAAUUUUUUCGAGGUAGCAGUGUUACAUAUAUAUAGCGACAGGUAUCGUUGCAUUAACAUAUUCCUGCGUGGAAUUUAAGGGAAUCGUUACAUAUUGUAAUACUGCGCGUAAUUGUAUGCUUUAUGAAGCUGGAAGAAAAAUAUUGAUCAUGGAAGCAACUAUUUCUGAACAGUUUGCAGUGAGAGAAAUGAUAUUGAGUGAGAAGUUCUACAAAACAUAACGUGUAUAAAUGUUUCUUGACGAAUUUUGUAAAAUUAUACAAGUUUGACUUCAUUUUAGACAUCAUAAUGUAUACUAACUUUCUAAAUAAUCAAUGUCUUUUAUAAAAUUCAA